CGGGAGGGGCCGGGGCGCAUCGCUGUCGGGGGCCGGCUGGGGGCGCGGGACGGACGGUGGCCCCGGGGUGGUGGGACUUCCUGGCCCCAGAGCCAGGACAGCCCCGGCACAAGUUCCCGGCUCACCCCGUGCUGCUGCCCUGAAGGUGCCAGCGCCUGCCGUCAGCUCCGGCUCGCAGCCAGGGUCAUCUUCUGAGACCCCUGCACGGCGAGGGCCAUGUCUGACGCUGGAACGUGACGGCCGCCUGCGCCCUGGCCGGGUCUCCCUCACGGAGUGGAGCUGCAGCAUGGACCGGCGAGAGGCCCCGCCCCCGGCUCCCACAGAAAACGAAGUGAAAUACGACACCAACAACAACGAGGAGGAGGAGGAGGAGGAGGAGGAGGGGGAGCAGUUUGAUUUUGACAGCGGAGAUGAAAUCCCAGAAGCAGACCGGGGAGGCGCCCCGUCAGCUGCCGGCCCCUCGGGGGCUGAAACCGGAGCUGGAACAGAAGCCGGCCUGGUGGCAGAACCAGCCAAGCCUGUGGCCCCGACCAGAGUGAACCCCUACUCGGUCAUUGACAUCACACCCCUGCAGGAGGACCCGCCUCCGGCCCCGGACCCGCUCGCCGAGGAGGAAAGUGUGGGCCCGCACGUGCCCAGUGGGUACUCGGUGCCUGUGCCCUGCGGCUAUGCCGUGCCCUCGAGCCUGCCCCUCCUGCUGCCGGCCUACUCCAGCCCGGUCAUCAUCCGCACCACGUCGGUGGAGGAAGAAGAAACACCGGGAUUCCCUGAAGACCGCCCCUGUAACUCCCUGAGCUCCGAGGACCCUCCGAACAGCGAUGACCAGGUUAAUAAGGAAGACAGUGCCCUGGCCCGCUGGGUGGCUGACCCGGCCAACACGGCGUGGAUGGAGAAUCCGGAAGAAGCAAUUUACGAUGAUGUUCCAAGGGAAAACUCAGACUCUGAGCCAGAUGAGAUGAUUUACGAUGACGUGGAGAACGGAGAUGAAGGUGGGAACAGCUCUCUGGAGUACGGGUGGAGCUCAAGUGAAUUUGAAAGUUAUGAAGAGCAGAGCGACUCGGAGUGCAAGCAUGGGCUCCCGCGGCCCUUCCUGCGCAGCAACCACAAAAAGCAG